AUGCACAUCCACCCCCUCAUAACCUUCCUCGCCCUCCCACUCCUCGCCGUCGCCGCCAGGCCCAAAAAUGCCAUACUCCUCUCGCAGGUCCAGUCCCUCACACUCCGCGGCAACGGCGCCAAAACCACCAACCGCCGCGUCUCGGCCAUCCCACAGCUAAAAUGCACCUCCUCGAGAGAGCUAUGCUCCCUCUACAGCAUCGAUACCAUGCGCUGCACGAAUCAGGGGUCUUCGUAUGGCGGUGAAGAUAUUGAAUGGAGCUGUACGGCUACGUUGCCCGAGGAGCUGAAACUCGGCAGUACGGACGUCAUUUGCGAGGGGUACGCGAGUGCCGACGACCCCUAUGUGUUGAAGGGCUCAUGUGGCGUCGAGUACAGCUUGCUGUUGACGAGCAAGGGCCAGGAGCGGUAUCCGCACAUCGCGAACCCGUAUGGCGGGUAUUUCAGUGAUGGGAGGGGCGGCACGGAUCUGAGUGCGUGGCUGUUCACAGUCGUGUUUGUUGCUGUGCUGGGGUGGAUUGUGUACUCGGCUUGUGUUGCCGGCAAUGGGGGCAGACAGGCACGGGGGAAUACUGGACGGCGAUGGGGAGGCGGCGGAGGCGGCGGCGGCGGUGGUGGCUUUGGCGGAGGAGGAUGGGGACCCGGGAACGAUCCUCCACCACCGUAUCCUGGGACGAAACCGUCGAGUUCAGGGUCUGCUUGGGGUCCCGGAUUUUGGAGUGGUUUGGCGGGAGGUGCUGCGGCAGGAUACCUGGCGGGGAAUAGGAGUAGGAAUGAUGAGAGGAGAGGGUAUGAUCGUGGAUGGGGCAGUAAUACUUGGGGUUCUGGGCCAGCCAGUCCUCGCGCGUCGCCGGCCGCGUCUUGGGGAUCAUCGAGCAGCGGGGGUUCAUCGAGGCAUGAGAGCACUGGAUUCGGAUCUACUCGACGUAGAUAG